UUUUUGUUGUUCUUUUUUCUGCCAUUUCACUUCCCACCCAAUUCGUAACAUGGUCCCAUUACAACGUUGAUUAGCCAGAAUACUAGAAAGCCUCAAAACGCUUUUAACUGUAAAAGGAUUCAUUCAGAGAGCUAGCUGUGCACUUUAAUUUUUGCAGAAGAAGCCAGAACAAAUAUAAUACAACUAUUUCUCUCUCUCUCUCUCUCUUGUCCUGUUGCUGGCUUGCUAUGGCGAAUGAAGAAGAGGCUCCUGAUUUCGAUGCUUUACUAACCAAAGUCAUCACUCUUAUGGGGGAGAUAAUUGAAGAACAUCGGGUCCGUUUCCUCGCCAUAGAGGAGGAUUUAGGUUUUGAUCAGGAACUGAACCAGGUUCUGGACGUCAAAGUGUCGGAUAUCGGUAGCCUUAAGUUGAUUAACUGCGCCAAAAUGCUGACGCUUAUCUUUCAGCGUGCGGUGGAUUUGGCUCAAAUACUCUAUGUGCACGAGGAUUUUCUCUCGUUCUACGCUCCACCCACAGCACCUUCAACAAUAAUUCCAGAACUCAAGAACACCAUAGGAGAGAUGCAUGCUCGGGAGCCCACUGGAACUCACACCCAUGCUUAUUCUGUUCACAAGAUUUCCGGUGCGCUUGACGACUACGUGAAAGAAGCGAGUCGCCAUCAUUUUUAUAUGAACAGAAUUAUCAGUUUUAAGGAGCAAGGAAGCACGGGUAAUAUGGCAGAUUGGUUCGAGGAUGGAGACCUUAGAGCGAUUAUAAUGUGAGAGCAUGGGAGUGUUUAUAUUAGGUGAUGUUUUGCUGGCUGGAAAUGUUUUAACAUUUCGCACCUCUUCCAUGCCACAAUGUUUCAGUUGAAUUGGUUCAGUACUUUAAAUUAAUUAGCUCCGUUCUGUUUCUCUUGAUGUUAUGUUUUUUUUACUGUAUUUUGGGAAAACUUAUUUACUCUUCUAAAGGGGACUUGAUCGACUGCUGUUUCAUGUCAUGGUAAUAUGGCCUGAUUUGAUAUCUUGUAUGGUACAGUGUAUUCAUUGCCAAUCAG